AAAUAUACGACUUGCGCAUGCGCACUAAAUCCAAAUCGACUCAUCCUGGAACAAUUAUUUAUAAAUAAUUUUCUGGAAAAUACGCUUAGUUAGAUUAAUUAACAAUUAAAAUAUCUCUUAUAAUUCUCAGUCACAUUGGAUAGAAUGGCGGACGCAGACACUAAUCCAUUUGCUGAUCCAGAGGCAGCAAAUCCUUUCGCGGAUCCGGCUGUUCAACAAGCCAAAAGUCAAUCGAGACCCACUAUAAAUGAAUUCAAUCCCUUUUCCGAAAAUACAGCUGCCCAAUCGACUCAUCAUGUUCCACCUCCUCAACCCGCACAAACUCAACCAUCCAUUAUGAAACCAACGGAAGAACCUCCAGCAUAUACACCAUCAGCUGCCCAAGUCGCUACAGACGAUUUACAAAAACGACAAGAGGAAUUAGAAAAAAAGGCUGCAGAAAUUGAACGUAGAGAACAAGAAUUAAGAAAUCAGCAAUUUGGCGUUCGUGCUAAUAACUUUCCUCCUCUGCCGCAAAAAUGCUGUGUACAACCAUGCUUUUAUCAAGAUAUUUCCGUAGAAAUCCCAAUGGAAUUUCAAAAAAUUGUUAGAAUCGGUUACAUUAUGUGGAUCGUUUAUUCUUGCUGUUUGGCAGUUAAUGUGUUAGGAACUCUAGCAGCCUUGGCAGCUUUGGGAGCUGGUGAGAGUCAUGGACAAAGUUUUGGUCUAUCAAUAUUGUAUUUUAUUCUAUUUACACCUUGUUCGUUUGCUUGCUGGUUUAGGCCGUUAUACAAAGCAUUUAGCGGAGUAUACGUUGGUAUUAAGUCAUUUGGACAGGAUGAUACUAAAGGAAAGCCAGUUGCCGUCCACAGAAUCUAUAGAAGAUCAGGAGCAAGUUUCGAAAAAGCCCAACAGGAAUUUGCAAAGGAUAUAAUGAGUAAUAAAACAGUUCAAAAAACAGCGGCUACAGCUGUUUCCGAAGCUGCUCAAAGUCAAUUUUCUGGUGGACCUGGUAACAGAUAUUAA